UCUCGUGUCCUUUUGCUCCCCUCCGUCGCCCUGCCGAGGGAAGAAAAUAACAACACGAGAGAGAGAGAGAGAGAGACUACAACAAUCUUGCUGAAUCUAGGGUUCCGAAUAUCUGAUUCAGAAAGUUUGUUUUGAUUUUCCUUUAGAAAGGAAAGAUUGGUUCUGUUGGUGAAUGGCGACACCAUUGACGGGCCUUCAACAUAGAGAUGGAGGUCUAUCUUUAAUGUCUGGUCCCGUGAAUCCGGUGGAUCCUUCUUCACCCAAGGCUUGCUUGAAGAAUUCCGCUCUAAAAUCUCCGUUUCUUAUCUUCCUCUUCUUCCACAAGGCUAUCAGGUCCGAGUUGGAUGGGCUGCAUCGAGCUGCCUUGGCUUUUGCGACUGACCGGAACGGCGAUAUCCAAAGGUUGUUCGAGCGGUAUCAUUUUCUUCGGGCAAUCUACAAGCACCACUGCAAUGCGGAGGAUGAAGUCAUCUUUCCAGCUCUUGAUAUACGAGUGAAGAAUGUAGCGAGGACAUACUCCCUCGAGCAUAAGGGGGAGAGUGAUCUGUUUGACCAAUUGUUUGAGCUGUUGAAUUCAAGCAAGCAAAAUGAUGAAAGCUUUCGAAGAGAAUUAGCUUCUUGUACAGGAGCCCUUCAAACAUCAGUUAGUCAGCACAUGUCUAAGGAGGAAGAGCAGGUCUUCCCCUUGCUUAUAGAGAAGUUUUCAUUUGAAGAGCAGGCAUCAUUGGUUUGGCAAUUUUUAUGCAGCAUUCCUGUGAAUAUGAUGGUAGAGUUCCUUCCAUGGCUUUCUUCUUUGAUUUCAUCUGAUGAACGUCAAGAUAUGCUUAAAUGCUUGUGCAAGAUAGUCCCAGCAGAGAAGCUUCUUCAACAGGUUAUAUUUACAUGGAUAGAAGGUAAAAGUAUAUCCACUGUGACUAGUUGUCAGGAAAAUGAUCAGCUCCAGUGUUGUGUAGAUUUUGGUUCUGGGACAUCAUUUGAUCGAACUGAGAAGGGGCAGUGUGCAUGUGAAUCUUCCAAAACUGGGAAAAGGAAAUAUUUGGAAUUGAAAUGUGAUAUUACUGAUUCCACUGGGGUACAUCCAAUAAAUGAAAUCUUGCACUGGCACAAUGCUAUAAAAAGAGAGCUGACUGAUAUAACAGAGGAGGCUAGGAAGAUACAACUUUCAGGAGAUUUUUCCGAUUUAUCAGUCUUCAACGAGAGGCUGCAAUUUAUUGCUGAAAUUUGCAUCUUUCAUAGCAUUGCUGAGGACAAGGUUAUAUUCCCUGCAGUAGAUAAAGAACUUUCCUUUGCCCAGGAGCAUGCUGAAGAAGAAAAUCAAUUUAACAAGUUUAGAUGCUUGAUAGAAAGUAUACAAAAUGCUGGAGCCAACUCUACUUCAGCUGAAUUUUAUGCAAAGUUAUGCUCACAUGCUGAUCAAAUAAUGGACACUAUACUGAAGCACUUUCAUGAUGAGGAAGUUCAGGUUCUUCCACUUGCACGAAAGCAUUUUACCCCCAAAAGGCAGCGAGAGCUACUGUAUCAGAGCUUAUGUGUAAUGCCCUUGAAAUUGGUGGAGCAAGUCUUGCCAUGGCUGGUUGGAUCACUAACUGAUGAAGAAGCAAAGUCUUUUCUCCUAAAUAUGCAUUUGGCAGCUCCAGAAUCUGAUGCUGCCCUUGUUACACUUUUCUCUGGCUGGGCAUGCAAGGGUAGAUCCCAGGAUAUGUGUUUGUCUUCAAGUGCACUCGGUUGCUGUCCAGUGAAAAAGUUAACUGAAAUUGAAGAUGGUGUUAUUCAACCAUUUUGUGCAUGCGCUUCUGUAUUAGCUGACAAGGAAAAACCCGCAUCCAGUCUAGCAGAAGAUGACAGAAGGCCUGUUAAACGUGGCAACUUCUUAGGAUCAUGCAAAAAUGGAGAUGGAACUAUCAGUACAUGUAAACAGUCCCUUAGUAAUCAGGCUUGCUGUGUCCCAGGGUUAGGAGUAAACAGCAAUAACCUUGGAAUGAGUUCACUUACUGCAGCAAAGUCUUUGCGCUCCUUGUCUUUCAGUGCUUCUGCUCCUUCUCUUAAUUCCAGUCUUUUUAUUUGGGAAACAGAUUUUAACUCUUCUGACAUUGCUUAUCCACCACGGCCGAUUGAUAAUAUAUUCAAAUUUCAUAAAGCCAUUCAGAAGGACCUGGAGUAUUUAGAUGUUGAAUCAGGGAAGCUUAUCGGUUGUGAUGAGACAUUCCUUAGGCAAUUCAGUGGAAGAUUCCGUCUUCUGUGGGGAUUGUACAGAGCUCAUAGCAAUGCUGAGGAUGAGAUAGUCUUCCCAGCAUUAGAAUCCAAGGAGACUCUUCAUAACGUCAGCCACUCUUAUACUUUGGACCACAAGCAGGAAGAAGAACUGUUUGAAGAUAUUUCAUCUGUUCUCUCUGAACUUUCACAACUUCAUGAAAGCUUGAAUAGGACCAAUAACUCUGAAGACUCAAUUGGAAAUAGCUUUGAUUCUUGUACAAAUGAAUUUGAUUUGAUUAGAAAGUACAAUGAGCUUGCUACAAAGCUUCAAGGAAUGUGCAAAUCUAUAAGGGUCACUUUGGACCAACAUGUUUUCAGGGAAGAACUUGAGCUAUGGCCAUUGUUUGAUAGACAUUUUUCUGUAGAGGAGCAAGAAAAAAUUGUUGGCCGCAUAAUUGGGACUACUGGUGCGGAGGUGCUCCAGUCAAUGUUACCAUGGGUGACUUCUGCACUUACUCAGGAGGAACAAAACAAAAUGAUGGAUACAUGGAAGCAGGCAACCAAAAACACAAUGUUCAGCGAGUGGCUUAAUGAAUGGUGGGAAGGAUCUCCUGUGGCAUCAGCACAGAAUGCAAACUCAGAUAGUUGCAUUUCUCAAGGCUCCAAUAUCCAAGAAAGCCUUGACCAGAGUGAUCAGAUGUUCAAACCUGGCUGGAAAGAUAUUUUCAGGAUGAAUCAGAGUGAGCUCGAAUCAGAAAUAAGAAAGGUUUCUCAGGACUCAACCCUUGAUCCAAGGAGGAAAGCAUAUCUUAUUCAAAAUCUUAUGACUAGUCGCUGGAUAGCUGCUCAGCAGAAGUUACCUCAAGAGAGAACAGAGGAAAGUACAAAUGGUGAAGCUGUAUCUGGAUGCUCGCCGUCAUUCCGGGAUCCAGAGAAGCAAGUAUUUGGGUGUGAACACUACAAAAGAAACUGCAAACUUGUUGCUGCUUGCUGUGGGAAGUUGUUCACUUGUAGGUUUUGCCAUGAUAAAGUGAGUGAUCACUCAAUGGAUAGGAAAGCAACAACUGAAAUGAUGUGCAUGAGGUGUCUGAAGAUUCAAGCAGUGGGACCAAUUUGCACAACACCUUCAUGCAAUGGAUUUUCUAUGGCAAAAUAUUAUUGCAAUAUUUGCAAAUUUUUUGAUGAUGAAAGGACUGUGUAUCAUUGUCCAUUUUGCAAUUUGUGCCGCCUUGGGAAGGGACUUGGUGUUGACUUCUUCCAUUGUAUGACGUGCAAUUGCUGCCUGGGAAUGAAGCUAGUGGACCACAAAUGUCGGGAGAAAGGUCUAGAAACAAACUGCCCCAUCUGCUGUGACUUUUUAUUCACAUCAAGUGCAGCAGUUAGAGCUCUUCCUUGUGGCCAUUUCAUGCAUUCAGCUUGCUUUCAGGCAUACACCUGCAGUCACUAUACCUGUCCGAUAUGUAGCAAAUCCUUGGGAGAUAUGGCGGUCUACUUUGGCAUGCUUGAUGCUUUGUUGGCUACCGAGGAACUUCCAGAAGAGUACAGGGAUCGUUGUCAGGAUAUUCUGUGCAAUGAUUGUCAUAAGAAGGGAACUGCACGCUUCCACUGGUUGUAUCACAAAUGUGGUUCUUGUGGAUCAUAUAAUACCAGGGUGAUCAAGAGUGAUUUAGCAGAUUGUUCAUCUAAUUAGUGGAGGAUUUUUGGAGUGUUUUUGGGGGGUUGGUUCAGGUGUGUAAAUAUUGUUCCUACUGCCAACUACAUGCGGCUGAGUUUGUAAAGAACAUUACACUAUAUAGUCGAUUCAUUUUUUCCCCAAUUUUCUUAUGGUGCCAA